AUGACCAUAUAUCCUUUCAAGGCAGACGGAAAGGCGACGCACCUUCAUCCCGAUGGUACCACCUUCAGUAUUACCCAACCAGAAUGGGGUGGGCAUGUCAGAUCGAACGGGACUAAUGACAACAAAGGCUGGGUUCAUGUUCCAGUAAUGAUCCCGCCUGAAGUGGACGGCAAGAGACUGAAACUCCAAAAAGUCGACGUCGCAUAUGCCACAGGAUGGAAAACCAGACUUGAUGCGAUCCAAGUCGCUAUGGGAUCAGACAAGAUACUGUACAAGGAUGUCGGUCAUUCUCAUGACAAGGUGGACACGGAGGAGUUUGCGGUACCUGGUACUCCGCGAGUUGACAAAACAAUCGAAAUUUCGUUGCUUCUCACUAUGAAUAGCGGGCCGGAUGAACAUGGACGAUGGGCUACGGUUGAAUCGGUCGGAACGUACCUCUCCCCAGUUUGA